UUUUUGCAGUAAGCCUGGCCUGUGCAACGUAGCCUGAACACUCCGCAAGGGCUGGAAACGAUCUGCGGCCGUUCAGCGCUCGCUGCUCUGUAGACGCAAGGACGUAGACUAGCUUACACACCAGCAGCAGCGGCUCCUGCCUCCCCUGAAACACACAACAGCGGGCUGUUCACUGACAGCAUCUGUCUGUCUCAUCAGAGGAGUGGAGUAGAUCGUGGAAGGCGCUGGCCAUGUCCGGGCAGAGGAAAGGAACAUCAGCACGUCUGCGAAAAUGUGCCUUCUGUAGAACGAACCGAGACAAGGAGUGUGGCCAGCUACUCGUCUCAGACAACCAGAGGGUGGCAGCCCACCACAAGUGCAUGCUUUUCUCCUCUGCACUGGUAACAUCUCACUCAGACAGUGAAAACAUUGGGGGAUUUUCUGUCGAAGAUGUGAAAAAGGAGAUCAAAAGAGGAAAUAAGUUGAUGUGCUCGUCCUGCCGUCGGCCUGGAGCCACCAUAGGCUGUGAUGUUAAGACAUGCCGGCGGACGUACCACUAUUAUUGUGCUCUUUGGGACAAAGCCCAGACCAAGGAGAACCCCUCCCAGGGCAUAUACCUUGUUUACUGUCGCAAACAUCGGGACGCCUCCCAAGAUGCCAGUGAUGAGGAGCAAGGAGUUGCAGCCAACGAUUCAGAUUCAUCCCCUCCGCGGAGCAGAGGGAGAGGGAGGUUCGAGAAGAGCCGGAUCAGAGGCGUACCUCGCGGCCAGUCAGAGGACACUCGCUCGACCUCUUCGCAAGGCGUGGAUGAAAUGGAGAGCUCCUCAAAUCGGGACCGGUCCCCUCUGAGGGGAAGCCCCAGUGAGUCAGGCCUGCGCUGUGGUUUCUGCCACGCUGGUGACGAGGAGAACGAGACCCGCGGCGUGCUUCAUUCUGACAAUGGGAAAAAGGUUGCCGCCCACUACAAAUGCAUGCUUUUCUCAUCAGGAACUGUCCAGCUUACUACCAGCUCACGUGCAGAAUUUGGAAAUUUUGAGAUCAAAACAGUGAUACAGGAAAUAAAGAGAGGAAAACGAAUGAAAUGUACCCUGUGUGGGCAGCUUGGGGCUACCAUUGGAUGCGAGAUAAAAGCCUGUGUGAAAACUUACCACUACCACUGCGGCGUUCAGGAUAAGGCUAAAUACAUAGAGAACAUGGCCAGAGGCAUUUACAAACUGUACUGUAAGAAUCACAGUGGAAAUGAGGAGCGGGAUGAAGAGGAUGAGGAGCGAGAGAGUCGCAGUAGAGAGAAGGCCGCUAACAGCCAGGGGGGAACCCCUCCACCUCAAGUCAAUGGCAACUAGAUGGUGAUCAAAGCUGAGGGGGAAAAUGGACAAGAUAUUUUUGUAUUGUGCUCAUGUAGAACAUAGGGGCCAGCUCACAACAUCGGCAGUAUCAGAUUUUCCUUCUCCUCACCAGAACUUUCCACUGUCAGAUGGCCAUACAUUUCUAUGCCUUUUUCUGAAUAUUUCAAGAACACCACAAAUGUGACUGGAGAGUCUAAACUCCCACUGACCUCAAAGAGGUGUUUUUCAGAACACGUGAAGCCAAGUCCCACACUAACAAACAAAAAGACCGCUUUUGAAUGGAGGUUUCUCAUGGAGGUGUAUGUCAGCCCUAGACUAGGCUGAAUCUGUGUCAAACAACCUGCUUCAGUAAACCUGGGUUAAAACGUGAGCCGCUGUACAUCUGAAAGUCACAUGACUGGACCAAUGGAUGCUUUCUUCAGUUUCUUUCUGUUUCUUUCUUGACGGACCGCUCUGCCACUGGACCCGUUUUUUUUUUUUUUGAGAUUGCCUUCUGAUUGUUUUUACUGUCUCUUCCAGAUCAUGAUGUUUAAUAAGCCUAUCGCUGUACUUUUCAGUCAAAGGAUCGACAUUCUUUACCUCUUCUUUUCUCUUGUAUCAUGUAUUAUAUUUUACUACUGUAUUAUAUUCAUGAGUAAUGUUGGAUAUCUGUGGCUUCCUUUAUAGUCUUGAGUCAAGAUUAAAGACCAUUAGCUAGCAUGCACUUUUCUUUA